AUGAGUUUGGGUAAAUCCCCCUUCGCUUUGGGCAUGAAGGGACUCAUCCUGGCCCUGGUGCUCGCCCUUGUGGGGGGCCAGAAGCAAGACCUCGAACCUGUCUUUCAUACUGGCAAGACCUACUUGUAUGGCUACGAGAGCUUCAUCCUUCAUGGGCUGCCUGGCAAAGGCCUGGCGACGGCAGGGGUGAAGCUGACCUGCAAGCUGGAGAUCAGCCGUGUGUCUCAGAGCGACCACCUUCUCCAGAUUCGGUCACCAAAGCUGGAAGAAUACAACGGCUUCUGGCCCACUGACCCCUUCACCCCGUCUCCAAGGCUCACCAAGACCAUUGCUGCGUGUUUAACCCAAGCCUUUAAGUUUGAAUACACGGAGGGAAGGGUUGGAAAUAUUUUCGCCCCUGAGGACUGCCCCAUCCUGUGCACUAACCUAGUGAGGGGCAUUCUGAACAUGAUGCAGAUAACCAUCAAAAAGUCACAAAAUGUGUAUGAACUACAGGAGGCUGGGAUUGAAGGCAUCUGCCAAACCAGAUACGUUAUCCAGGAUGACAGCAAGAAUAGCCGUGCCACUAUUUCCAAAAGCAAGGACCUGACGGACUGCCAGGACAAAGCUGUGAUGGACAUGGGAACGGCGUACCUCCGCCCCUGUCCCACCUGCCCCCUGAAAGUCAGAAACAUCAAGGGCACGGUGAUGUUCACUUACAAGAUGAAGUAUGACAACAGCAGGACCUUGAUGACGUCUGCUACAUCCGAGCAGGUGUACCUGAUCUCUCCCUUCAACGAACCCAACGGGGUAGCAGUCAUGGAGGCAAGGCAAGAAUUGUCUUUGGUCGGCAUUAAAAGAGCUUCCGCCAGCGUACCAAAAGCUCGGCUGCAAAACCAAGGGAGUCUGCGUUAUCACUUCUCAGGAGAGGUACUCCAGAUGCCCAUUCCUCUACUAAGGAUUAAAAAUCCAGAUUUACAGAUAUCAGAAACACUGCGGCAAUUAGGGCAGAAGGAUGAGGAGGAAGCCGCUAAAGAAGCUUCAGUCAGGUUCUUGGAAAUGGUCCAGCUUUUUCGUAUAGUGACCCUCGAUCGAAUUGAGUCUUUGUGGGUGCAGUUUGCCAGCAACCCUCCCUACAGGCCCUGGUUCCUGAGUGCCAUCUGUGCUGCUGGAGCGACCGACACAUUCCGAUUCCUGAAGCAAGAAAUUCACGAUGGGAAGCUGAACACCUGGGAAGCAGCCAUGGCUCUCCCUCUCGCCUUCCAUUUCGUUACACCCAACAAGGAAACCCUGCAAGUUGCUUCGACUUUUCUGACUUGUCCUCAAAUCCAGAAAGCACCGAUGCUUCGAACACUUGUUCACCUGGGAUAUGGUAGCAUGGUAAAUAAAUACUGUGAGCAGUCUUCACUUUGUCCAGCUGAACUUCUUCAGCCACUCCAUGACCUUGCUACCGAAGCCACCAGCAAAGGUGAUGCCAAAGACAUGGCUUUGGCCCUGAAAGCCAUAGGCAACGCAGGGCAACUGGCCAGCAUCAAACGCAUCCUGAAGUUUUUGCCAACAUUUUCACCUGCUGCAGCCUCAUUACCGAGCAGAAUCCACACUGAUGCUGUGCUGGCCUUGAGGAAAAUUGCCAGAAAAGACCCUAUAAAAGUAAGGGAGAUCUCCCUCCAGGUCUUUAUGGACAACACCCUUGCUCCUAAAGUCCGGAUGGUGGCUUGUGUUGUCCUCUUUGAAACCAAGCCCGCUCUUCCAACUGUAACAGCUCUGGCCAGUGCGGUGUUGACGGAGCCCAGCUUGCAAGUAGCCAGUUUCACAUAUUCACACAUGAAGGCUCUGGCAGUCAGUAGGGUCCCACAGCUCUAUCAUCUAUCUGCUGCUUGCAACAUUGCCAUCAAACUACUGAGCCCACGAUUCGACAGACUGAGCUAUCGUUACAGCAAGGUCAUUCACGUCGGUGGUUACUCCUCUGAAUAUCAGGCUGGUGCCAUUUGGAGGGUCUAUCUAAUGAACAGUCCCAGCACCGUGUUUCCAUCCGAUGUAAUCACAAAAGUAAGAGGAUAUUAUGCAAAUACUGCAACAGAUAUUAUCGAGGUGGCUCUCCGGUCACAAAGUCUAACCGAGCUUAUCAGGAAGCAGAACAUUCCUUUUGCUGAGUACGAUACGUACAAAACACUGGAGGAACUCGGUAAAACACUUCUGGGAUGGAAAGAACUACCUACUGAAGACCCUCUGGUGUCCACUUACAUCAAAGUAUUGGGCCAAGAGAUAGCUUUUGUUGACAUUGAUAAAGAUGUCAUCCAGCAGACCAUGACGAGUAUAAAGAGAUCAUCAUACUGGGAGCAGGUAGUCAAAAAAGUGGUGGAAGAGGUCCAGCAAGGCAUUUCAGGCCGAUGGACCCUGCCGGCGAUGGUGGGCGAUCUGCGUCAGGUUGUCCCCACAGUGGUUGGCGUGCCACUAGAGCUCAGUCUGUACAGCGUCGCCCUGGCCCAGGCUGCAGCUGAUGUGGACAUACGGAUAUCACCACCAUUAUCGGACAACUUUAGACCCUCACAGUUGUUGGAAAGCAACAUAGAUGUUUAUGCUGACAUCAAGCCAAGGGCAUAUUUUCAUAUGAUCGCAACAAUGGGGAUUAACACCCAAUACUUUCAGAGUGGUCUUGAAUUUCACGCAGAGUUCACUGCCAACACUACAAUGAAAUUUGACAUGAGGAUAAAUAUGAAAGAGAAAAAUUUGAAGCUUGAAACCCCUCCCUGCCAUCAGGAGGCUGAGCUCGCAGCUGUGAGGAGUGAAGUUUAUGCUGUUUCAAGGAACAUGGAAGAAGUAGAUUCUGAAAAGAGAUCCCAUAUUGUUCCCCAAGGAGAAGUACCAAGUAUCGCUGACCAGCCAUUUCAACCACCUGAAGGAUCUUCAGGAGCUGAAAGCUGGAAGCAAAGAAAUAUUCCAAGUGUGAUAUCCAAAGGAUACCAGCAAGGUUCAGAAGAGGCACCGCACCACAGCGUAGGAGGAAGAUCUUACACGCAAAACAUCUGUGCAAAAGUGGAGAGUUUGGGAUGCUCUGCUUGUCUCAGCCUAAAGUCACGAAAUUCUGCUUCCUUAAGAAAUACCUACCUGCAUAAAUUAGUUGGAGAACUUAAAGCCAAAAUAGUUUUGAAGCCAGUUCAUACAGAUGCUGAUAUUGAAAAAAUCCAGCUGGAAAUUCAGGCAGGAUCGAAAGCAGCUUCCAAAAUAAUCGAUGUAGCAAGCUCGGGGGCUAAGGAAGAGGAUAAGACAUCUCCAUUUGAGGACAUUAAAGCUAAACUGAAGAAGAUUCUAGGCAUUGAAAAUGUAUUCAAGGUCUCAAAUAAAACACUUAAGAGACGAAUUCACAGAACACACGAGGCUGCAGCUACAGACCCCUGGGCAUGGCCCAGUGCAGCCCAGCUCUCCGAUUCAUCCUUUUCUUCCACUGCCUCCUCUGCUGAUGAGAAAGAACCUGGAAAUGACGACAAGAAACAUGAAAUACAGAAAUCUAGGAAGAAGCGUGGCAGCAGCAGCAGGAGUGUUAGCUCUGCUAGCAGUAAAACCUGCAGUAGCAGUGGAGAAGACCACUCUGGGGACAGGCACUGCAGUGGGGACGGUGAAUAUUCCAACCAACAGGCAAGUCUCCCUAUUUACCAUGUUUUGUUCAAGCCCACGGAUGAACAGGACCCAGGAAGAGAAGCCCUGAACAGCAGCAUCAGCUCCUCCUCUUCUUCAGCCAGUGACGGAGGCACCUCUAGAGCCGUAUCCCAGCCUAAAUUCUUGGGAGACAACAAGCCACCAGUGCUGGCUGUGAUCCUUCGUGCCCUCCACAGAAACGAGCAGCCAACAGGAUUACAGCUCGUGCUGUACACCGAUACACAACCCACGAGAUUGAGCAUGCAGGGGUUUGUUUCAAGCAUCACGGGACCAAGCAGAUGGAAACUCUGUGCGGAUGCUUCCCUAAUAAAUUCCCAUAAAGUACUGGGUUCUCUUAAAUGGGGUAAAGAUUGCCAGGACUAUCAGAUUGCUGCUCGGAUCACAACAGGGCAAUUUGCUGCGUAUCCAGCUACGCAGAUGAAGCUGGAGUGGCCAAGAGUACCUUCAAUAGUCAAAAGAACUGCAAGAUGGUUCUACUCAUUUCUUCCAGGAGCUGCAUAUCUGCUUGGGUAUUCCCAAAGGCAACAGCAUGGUCCGUCUCACCAGGCAACCUUGGUUAUUGCUCUGACAUCUCCAAGAACCUGUGACGUGGUCCUCAAGCUACCUGAGCUCACAAUUUACGACAGAGCCAUCAGGCUUCCCCUGCCAUUCCCUUCGAGUCCCAAUACUCCGAUUUCAACACCGCCAUCCCCUGACCAGAGCAUCUUGUCCCAAGCAGCAUUUUCAAUCCUUGACAACCUCAAAGCUCGUUGUUCAGUUUUCCAAAACACCAUCACAACCUUCAAUGGAGUUGAAUUUAACUACUCAAUGCCUGCAAAUUGCUACCAUGUCUUGGUGCAGGACUGUAGUCCACAACUAAAAUUCCUGGUGACGAUGAAAAGACUCAAAGAAUCUGCAGACCUUACAGCAAUAAAUGUCAGACUCGCCAGCCAUGAGGUCGACAUGUAUGUUUCUGAUGGACUCAUCCAGCUGAAGGUUAAUGGUGUUCAAGCCCCGACAGAUGUUCCGUACACAUCUAAUCCUGGUAAGAGCCUCAGCUUUAUCAUGGUGAUCAGCAGCGAAAAGGACGGCCUGUCGCUAAAAGCCACGGAUUAUGGCUUAGAUAAACUCUAUUAUGAUGGGCAUAGGCUGGAGAUUCAGGUUGCUUUCUGGAUGGCUGGAAAAACAUGUGGUAUUUGUGGAAAAUAUGAUGCUGAGAAGGAAAGGGAAUAUCAAACGCCCAGUGGAUAUUUAGCUAAAGAUGCAAUGAGUUUUGGUCAGUCCUGGAUCAUCCCAGAAGACCCUUGUGCUGGAGCUUGUAAGCUGCAGCGCAAGUUUGUCAAAAUUGAGAAGCCAGUUGCAUUUGAGAAGGUGGCAGCAAAAUGCUUCUCAGUGGAGCCAGUUCUACGCUGUGCAGAAGGUUGUUCAGCAACCAGGACUGUUUCCGUCUCCGUCGGCUUCCACUGCGUACCUGCUGACUCCACUUUCAACCUGGAAGGACAGAUUCGGUUAGAUCAGAAGUCUGAGGACAUUGUAAGCACUGUUUCUGCUCACAUGGCGUGUUCCUGUCAACAACAGUCGUGCCCGGCAUGACCCCCACUUCACAUGCCAGGUGUCCAUCAGCUUGGACAGCCUGUGACCCUGUGGACACAGCUGGUUUGGACAGAGACGAUAAAGCCCUGUUCCCUUCAGGAGCUCUGUUUUUCUUCAGUUAUUUUGAGAUGUUGAAAAUAAUUCUGGACACCCUUC